ACCAAGUGAAUAAAUUGACCAAAUGAAUAAAUAAGUAUCUGUCUAGAUUCAUGGCGUGGGAAAGUCAAGGUGCGCUCUCAUGGCCUGGACUGUAUGAUUCCCCAGAGGGAAAUUGGACAGCAGAAAGGCACUCACUCACCCUCUCCCAUGUGGGGGAUUCGCUCCCCUUUCCCAGCUGGCCUCAGCCACACAGCCUUCCUGUUUUCCUUCUUUCUGGAUUUCAAAGCUUCAUCUCACUUUUUUGUUGAACUCCCAAGUUCCUUCUUGAAUACUGUAUUUAAGGUGUGGCUGUCUGCACAUUAGUUUAGUUCCUCUGAGUAGAUGAAAUUAUUGGAAAUGCUUGUAGUCAGCCAUCGUGGAAAAGAAGAUUCUGUGUUUUAAGCAUCAUUGUGUGUUUGCCAACAGGAGGCAUAAAGUAUGUAAAUAUUGAAUUAUAUACUUUGGAUUUCUUUUUCCCUUUCAUUCUUUUAAGUCCUCUGCACCCUUCCAAGCAUGAUUUAAUAAUCCACAGCAUAGUUUAGCCUGGUGGAGUGUGUGGUCAUUAUUAUUCCAUGUGUUCUGGUCUUUCUCACCAGCUACAUUGGAAAUUAAAAGAGAUGAUUUUUACUUAUUUCCAUGAAUUCCUUCAUCGCCCCUGCCCCCAGCUCCUAACAACAGACAGAUACUUAUUUAUUCAUUUGGUCAACAACUCUUUCUUGAGUAUGCGGCAUGUGUCCAGUUCCAUGCUAACACAGGGCCUCAACAGUGAGAAAGAGAGAGAGAGAGAGAGAGAGUAAAAAGUCAAAGUCCUUUUUCUCAAGGAGCUCACAAACUAGGAGAAGACACAGCAAUUACUUUUAAAGAGCCAAAGAAAAACAUAGUUACAACUGUGAAAAGAGCCAUGUAGGAAAAACACAUGAUUCCAUAUGGGGAAAAAUAUCUUUGUCAAGUAGGUCAAGAAAGGCUUCCUUGAACUAGUGAUAAUUGAGCUUAACUCUGAAAGGCCAGCAGAAGCUAACUAGACAGAGAACGGGGGAGCAAAAUAGUGUCUCAGUCACAGGGAAUAGCAUGUGCAAACAAAGGUUCUGUGACAGAAAGUACAGGCUCUGGAGUGAGGGGAGGGUAAUAACAGAGGAGAUAGCUUUGUUAACAAUGUUGGUCUUCAUUCUAAUAGCAAUAGGUAAUCAUUGGGGAUUUCAAGCAAGAAAGUGAAAAAAAAAUCAGAUUCUAUUUAAAAGAUUAUUCUAGUUGCUGUAUGGAAAAUGGAUUGGGCUGGAGGUGGUAGAUCAGAAUGAAAUCAGGAGACCAGAUAUGAAACUCAAGCCAUUGUCCAGGCAGAGAGGACAGAUGGUGGGUGGUGGCAGUAGAGAUGCAGAAAAGCAAACAGGCUUGCCCAAUGUUCUGGAGGUAACAUUGCCAGGGUGUGGGAGUGAAUUUGACAUGCAGAAAGAAUGUGGAGUCAGAGUCUGUGAUUCCUGGCCUAUGAAUGAAAGGAGAAUGAACACUGAGUUGUCAACAUGAGACUGCCCCAGGGCCCUUCCGGACAACCUUGCUCCUGCCUGUCUCCCCUGACUGCUGAGAGCCCAUUUGCCUUCUUCUGGGCAUGUCUCAUAGGGUUGCUGCACUAUUUACUGUAUCUGCUCAUCAGCAGGACAAAAUCAUCUCAGUGUACCCAACAAACUACCUUCAAGAUCAUUAUCUCUGAAGGCCCCCACAGAGCCAUGUGCAACUCUGAAAGCAUUUCCAGGGAAUGGUGGGCUGGCUUCAUAAACACUAAGUGAAAUUCUGUGUUUCUGCCAGACACUUUGAUAUAUGGAGCAAUGCUGGUAAGGGUUCCCGUGUGGGAUUUUUUUUUUAAACCCACCUCGGAGGUAUCCCUUGAAUGGCAGUUGACAAUUAGCUGCUAAGUAAAAGGAGGCACUUAUUUUUAUUGCGGGCCUUGACAGCUUUAUGGUCACUGUUUAAAAGCCCAGAGUCCUGUGUGUAAAGGUGAGUGGGGAGGAGAAGUGCUGGGGGAAGGAGGGCCGGGAGGGCUGGGGCAGGUACGGACACAUCCCAUGGUUUCCUUUUUGGAGUCAGAACCUGAGCAGUAUUUGCAAGCAUGUGUUGAUCUGGAAGUGAGAGUAGAGGGUUCUUCCAGCCUGGGGAGGAGGGAAAGCCUGAGGCUGGCUCAUCGGAAGCGUGAGUCUUCGGCCCGCCAUGCCUCACAUCCCCAGGAUGCCGCGGUGGGAACUGGGCUGUGGCUUUCCUGCCCUGGCACUGUUUGUUUGCUGGGAUUUCAGGAGGAAAACCCCCAAGCUCCGAAAGAAAGCAGUGUUUGGCCAGCGCUUGGAUGAGACUGUGGCCUAUGAACAGAAAUUUGGCCCCCAUCUGGUGCCCAUCCUGGUGGAGAAAUGUGCAGACUUCAUCCUGGAGCACGGUAGGAAUGAAGAGGGCAUCUUCCGUCUGCCUGGGCAGGACAACCUGGUGAAGCAGCUGAGAGAUGCCUUUGAUGCCGGAGAACGUCCCUCCUUUGACAGAGACACAGAUGUGCACACUGUGGCUUCCCUGUUAAAGCUCUACCUCCGAGACCUCCCAGAGCCCGUGAUUCCCUGGAGCCAGUAUGAAGGGUUCCUGCUCUGUGGGCAGCUCACGAAUGCGGAUGAGGCAAAGGCUCAGCAGGAGUUGAUGAAGCAGCUCUCCAUCCUUCCUCGUGACAACUAUAGUCUCCUGAGCUAUAUCUGCAGGUUCCUACAUGAAAUACAGCUGAACUGUGCUGUUAAUAAGAUGAGUGUGGACAACCUGGCUACUGUGAUUGGUGUGAAUCUCAUCAGGUCGAAGGUUGAAGACCCUGCUGUGAUCAUGAGAGGGACUCCUCAGAUCCAAAGAGUGAUGACUAUGAUGAUCAGAGAUCAUGCAGUCCUUUUCCCCAAGUCCAAGGAUGUACCCCUGUCACCCCCUGCACAGAAAAAUGACCCCAAGAAAGCUCCAGUGGCCCGAAGCUCUGUGGGCUGGGAUGCCACUGAAGACCCCCGAAUUUCUAGGACAGACAGCUUCAGUAGCAUGACAAGCGACUCUGACACAACCAGUCCCACCGGACAGCAGCCGAGUGAUGGGUUUCUGGAGGACAGCAGCAAAGCACCCAGGGAGAAGCCAGGAGAUUGGAAGAUGCAGUCUCGAAAAAGGACUCAGACACUCCCUAACCGGAAAUGUUUCUUGACAUCAGCUUUUCAAGGUGCCAACAGCAGCAAAAUGGAGAUCUUUAAAAAUGAGUUCUGGUCACCUUCUUCAGAGGCAAAGGCAGGGGAAGGGCACAGGAGAACGAUGUCUCAAGACUUGCGCCAACUUUCUGACUCCCAGCGGACUUCUACCUAUGAUAACGUCCCUUCCCUGCCAGGGUCCCCUGGGGAGGAAGCCAAUGCACUCUCUUCCCAAGCCUGUGACUCCAAGGGAGAUACUCUUGCCAGUCCAAACUCUGAAACUGGGCCUGGAAAAAAGAACUCUGGAGAAGAGGAACUUGAUUCUUUGCAGAGGACAGUCCGGGACUUACAAAAGGAAAUAGAAACACAGAAGCAAAUGUAUGAGGAACAGAUUAAAAACCUUGAGAAGGAGAAUUAUGAAGUUUGGGCUAAGGUGGUGAGGCUCAAUGAAGAACUGGAGAAGGAAAAGAAGAAGUUUGCAGCCUUAGAGAUCAGCCUCCGCAACGUGGAGCGCUCCCGGGAAGAUGUGGAGAAGAGGAACAAGGCCUUGGAAGAAGAAGUCAAGGAAUUUGUCAAAUCCAUGGAGGAACCCAAGACCGAGGAGGCUUAAGGGUCGCAAGAGUACUGCAAGAACAGCCUGAGAGAGACCCAACUCUGACUCCUGUCUCAGUGCUACCUGAUGACGGGAAACAAAAUUACUCUCUAAGAGGGAAAGGACAUUUUGAAGGAGACAUCAACUUUCCCCAUAAAUAAAAGAAUGGAGUUUGCAGGAAGGGGAGGGUGAGCAGAGAUGUGUGUGGACAUCUCUGACCGUCCAUUGCUGUGUUCAAAUGGAUCAUGUUAUUUCACUCUGGUCUCAGGCAUGACCAUGUCCAGCGAAGACGUUUGAAGCAGGUCACAUCUCAGGACCCAGGCAACAGACUGGCUGCAGCACCGGCUAGCUGAGGUGUGAUUAAUUCUUUGUUUUUUGUAUGGAACAGCUCCCUUGCCAGACAGCCUCAGGGCAUCUCUGAGACACAGGGGCAGAAAAUGACAUUCAGCUUUUGACUCCUCAUCUAUGUAGUGCUGUGUUGUUGGGGGCUGCAUCUGCUGAAGCCAGAACCCCAUUCGGCUAUCCCACCAUGAUGCCCAUUCUCCAGGGAUUCUCCAACUUAUUAUUAUUAUUAGACUAAACCAGGACAAGCAACAAACUGUAUUUAUAAAAGCAAAAUUGAUGAGAAAAUUAUGUUAGAAUAAAGCAAAAAAAAAAAAAGCAAGGCUAUUGCUAAUCCACACAGCACUUUUGUGAGAAUUAGCAAAAGACACCCCUUCCUUGGGGCAGAUGGGUUGGUCAACAGGGCAUGGGCUGGAUUUCAGUCCUGACUUGUCUUUCAGGGACAGGUGUUUCUGUACUUCCUGAGCCCCCUUUUUUUCUGUAUUUCACAAAAUUAUUGUGGGAACUAUAUGAGAAGAUGUAAUCUAGUCCCUACUUGCCUUUUAAUUGUCUAUGGAUGGCCUGGGAACAAAGGAUUCCUACUAUGAUAUGACCUCUUUAUAGGUUUGUUGUGGGUUUAAAUAGUAAUUGUCAUGAUAGUAGUUUCUUUUUUCCUACUUCACCAAAAUGCAAGUGAUUUUACCCUUUAAAGGGGCAGCAGGCACUAGACCAUAGGUGGGAGAGGGGCUUUCCCAAUGGACAGCUGAUUCUUCCCCUUCUAUGUCAAGCCAGCCUGGCAGAGGCCCUGGUCAGACCCCAAACCUCUAGGUAGGUUGGUUGAGUCUUUUUUUUGUUGUUACCAUUCUAAUUCGAUGGUCUCCAAGCUCUUUUGACUGGGUACCUCAUCAACAGAAAAUGUUUGAGCAUACAUCCCCCAAUAUAUUUAUUUAUUUAUUUAUAAAUUAUAUACAUGUACUGCUAUAGUACUCCACAUUUAUAUUAUAAAACACAGAACAGUAACUGAAUAAUGAUGAGAUAAAAACAAAGAUUGAUAGAUGUUCCCAAGUUUGAAUAAUGAUGGGAUGAAAACAAAGAUUGAUAGAUGUUCCCAAGUGCGCUGUCAGCUCUGGAGACACCGACCCAGUUCCCCAGCAAGUAUUACCUGUACCAAAUUCAUAUCAUUCAUCCUAUUGCUCCCACAAAUGUGCUUGAACUCUUGAAGCCCUGUGGCUUCAGUAGUGGUUUGGAAUCUAUGGUUACCAUAGUGAGAGUUUAGCCUUCCCCAGCACAUGGGCCUCCUCUGUCAUUCCUUUUUCUCUCUCUCUUCUUCAUUCUAGUUAGUCUUUCCUUCCUGUGGGCAUGACUUAUUACCAACAGAGUGAAGUGGACAGGAGCGUCAGUGUUUCUUGGUCCUGCUACUCAGGCCCUGCUCCACCAACACCACAGCCCCUUUGAGGACCAGAUUGAUGGAGAGGGAGGGUGACUCUUAACAGCAUUCCCGCCUAGGCCUGCUUGCAGAAGAUUGAGGGGAAAUUAAUCUGAAUAUUCAUAAGAAAAGCAAUAAAAUACUUGGUUUCCUAA